UGGAUAUUUACUAACACUUGAAAAAUAAAAAACAUUUCUGCGAGACAAUAAUAUGAUAUAGGAAUUGCUAAAAUUCUAAACGAAAACGACCAGGCUAGACUAGUUUGGAUUCCAUACCACCCUUAAUUGACUGUCACUCUCUCUUCCCAAGAAAUCAAACAAAUCGCCAUGGUUUUGGGAUUUCUGCUGCGCGGAAGCGCUGUCGCUGGAGUCGUGUACUACACCCAGAGUGUUGGCAUCUGGGGCAGCACGGACAAGACCGAUAAGCUGUACAACAACGUCAAAUCGGAGCUCUGCCCGUACGUCCAAAAGGCGAAGAAACAGCUGCCGUUCGAGGUUCCUCAGCUGCCCAAGUCCGGAGAGAUCCGAUUCCUGGCAAAGCACUACUAUAACGAGGGCGUCAAGAGCUCCUUCCGCUUCGUUCACAUGCUGCCCUGCUACGCCGGCCGGGGCCUGAAGAAGAUUAAGGACACCUUCGAGGACUUUGCCAAGUCACCGGCAAUCACCGGCGGUGAAACCGGUGCGGCGAAAUAAUCCACUUUGGGAGGCUGUUUUCGUGUUAGCUCAUAGUUAGCCUAUUGAAUAAUGUCUGUGUAAAGUUUACGGAUCCGUAGUCCAGCGGAUCCAUGACGAAAAAACUGUUUUUGGCGUACUUAAACGCAUCGAGCUGGAACUUCCAGUUCAGAAAUACAAAAAUUUACGUGGUAAGCGGCUAAGAUCGCGCUAAAA